UCUGAUUUGCAGUCAGCUUUCAUUGAACUCGGCAUGGUCAACGUAAUUGCUGAGUGGCUUAAACUGUUGCCAGACAAAAGUCUUCCUUCUCUGGAAGUUCGUACGGAAUUGUUGAAAGUUCUCGAACUGUUUCCGACUUUGGACCACCAGAUUUUACGAUCAUCUGGUAUCGGCAAAGUAGUGAUGAUGCUUCGUAAACACCCGAAAGAGACUAAAGAUAAUCAGAAUCGAGCUCGACGAUUAAUAAAUGAAUGGGCACGUCCAAUUUUCAACCUUCCAUCCGAUUACCGAUCAAUUACUAAGGAAGAACGAAUGCAAAGCGACUACGAACGUAUGCCGCCAACAAAAAGAGGUCGACCUAGUAGCGAUAUGGAGGAGACUUUUGUUAAACUAACCGAAGAAACGGACGGCGACGAGACGAAGAAACCAUUAAAACCUGGUGAUAAAGGAUGGAUUAGCAGAGCUAGGGUUCCACGCCCUGAAAUGAAAGAUUACGUCAUCCGACCGAAAUGGAAUGUCGAAGCGCAGUUUCAAAAGCUGAAUUCGAAAAACUCGAAGACCUUGCUUGAACGCAAGGUUCAGGAAAUUAGACAGCGGAUCCGACCGAAGAAAGCAUUGCAUGCAAUCACUUUUCCACAAAAAAGUCGUAUCUUGGACUUCUGA